UAUAAAAACACCACCGGGAGUUUCCGUAAAACACAUUCAGCCGUCAAGACUGAACAAUGGUUAACAUGAGCUAUCACCAAUUUUUACUAAAAUAUCUACAGUCGAGUUCAAGACAGUCGAGAAGGCGAGCGAAUAGAAGAAAAAGGAAUUAUUGGGAUAAGCUGUCUCCAACAAAUUGUCAGACUUGAUUAACAGAGACUUUCUGAAGGUCCAGUGUAAACCGUGUGGCAGAGUAUCUGUGUGUUGAGACUGAUUGGCGAGAUGACUGCCGAGUGGCUACACCUGCUCCCGCCGUACCCCCCUGGAGUAGGGCCGUUGUAUGGUGCAGAGUUGGAGGCGUGGUAUGAGGACCUGCAGGAUAUUCUAGGCUCCGACACGGGAGGGGCAAAACUUGCACGUGCCCCCACAUGCACCGAGAAGGAGCCAGAGUUUCUGGAUGUUCUUGAGAGUUGUUCUCUGACGUGGCUGACUGACGGAAACCAGACGUGGGCUGAAGGUGUCCAGAGGACGACAGAGGAAAUCCACACCACCCAGCCUCUGCAUCACACCUCAUCAUCAUCCUCCUCCUCCUCUUCUUCUUCUUCUUCGUCCUCCUGUAUGAGUCCAGCUGUUGUAGAGGAACGGCAGGUGGAGGCUGAGAGCGGUAGAAAUGCAGAUAGCUCAACAGGAGGCGGCAGUGACUUGCUGCCUCCGGAGUUCUUCGAAUUGCUGAGUGAAGGAGGAGUGGGAAUGGUGGAUCCGAGUGGAGCAGUGAUCAGCAGUGGCUAUUAUUAUCACCAACACCAUCCUGCAAACAACACCCAUCCUGCAUCUCCUUCAGCCAGCGAAGAGGAACUGCCCUGUGUGCCAGAUUCUCCAUCCUGCUCUUCAUCAGCUUCCCAGUCUCCAUCUCAAAAUUGCUCUCCUCCCUCUUCACCUGUCUCCUCACCCUCAGGCUAUUCGUCCUCCCGUUUGGGAAAACGCAAGAGGACUUCUAGUGAGAGGGCCAACAGUGCCUUGUCCUCUUUCUCCUCUUCCAUGCAACGCUCAUCUUACUCGUCUACCAAAAAGAGUCGCAAAGAAAGAGAGCAAGAGAAUGAACGAAAGGUACAAGAGCUGACAGAGCAGAAUGAGCGUUUGAAAGCAGAGAUUGAAAGGCUGGGAGAGGAGGUCCAGAGGACACGAAGAGCUCUGAUUGAGAGGCUGGUCAACACCAGGAAAUGAAGGGAAGACAGACAGAAAUAAAUGACAAAAACGGGUCCUAUACAAUUAGAAAAAGCAAUGGUGGGGAAAGGUGUAAGGAGAUGGAUAGGAAAUGUUUUCAGAAGAAGAAUGGAAACCAAAGAAUAUUUUUUAUAAGUGAUGGUUUUUGGAAAACAGAGAAGUGAAGAAAGUAAUGAAAGUCAAGACUAGAGGGUACAGAGAGAAUGAGCUGCAGCAGCAUUGCGGCAAAUCAAAAGAAACAGCAUGUCUGAACGAGAACAGAAAGCUUGAAGUGCAAAUCAUGCAGCGGAUUUAAUGAAUGUCAUUUUAAGGAAUGCAAAAUAAGUUCCAUGAAAUGGAAGGAUAUAGGAUGGAACGGGUGCUGAUUUGUAUGUAUAACUCAGAGGCGUCUUAGCUAGAGAGAACAUCAGUGUCAUCUUAUUCCCACCAUAUUGCAAUAAAUUGUAACUCCCAACUUUAAGGGCUACGAUCUGGCUCACAGAGAUUAUUUGCCCCAAUUUUUGGAGAGUUUUGGAGCUCAGGAAAGUUUUGAAAGUGCCCAGUGCAGUGUGAGUAUGAGAGAUUUUUUAUUAUUUUUUUUUUUAAAAGGAAAUUCAUACUUUUUUCUUUUUUUUUUUUUUUUUAAACUUUGUAUAACCCAUGGCUUGUUUGUUCAAGUAUUUAGAUAAAAUACGUAACCUGCUUAUACUUUUCAGGCUGACCUUUUCUAUUAUGGGAAUCUGUGGCAGAAUUGUUAGAUCUUCUACCCUGAUGACUAUUUUUAUAUAACUGUAUUAUACGCGUAAAUAUAAUUGUACUGUAUGGCUUAUACUGUAUAUUCCAACAUACUGUUUAUUUCUCAUUGUAGAGAAGAAAAAAAAAAGUUAUUCAUAAAUAUGCAUGGAUUUUUAUCACUCAUGGCAUCAAAAUUGUUUUUUCUUUACUGUACUUAAAAAUUUGCAAUAAAAAUGUAAACAU